CCGAGCCCUGCAGCGGCAGUCGCUCUCGACCCUCGCUUGUGUUCGGUCGUCUGUGGUGCGUCUGCGCUCGCGCUCGUCACAGAUGCUGAUGAUCGGGGCGUAACGACGAGGUAUUUGCGGUCCCUGAAGUGAGGUGUUGUGGGAACGGAAAGGAAAUUACUCCAGUCGGGAUCGCAUCUUCUUAGGAGCAACGAUGGUGGUUUUGCAGCCCAUUAAGCCCGGGACGCCCAGGUUCAGUGGCCUCGCCCUCAAGCGUGGGCGGGCGCGACGGGCGUUGUCCCUCCUGGGCAGCAACGACGCCAAGGCCAACCUUCAGCUGGCCGAGUCCCUCAUGACCAUCUCAGCCGAGGAGUUCGCCGCCAAGUGGAAUUUCGACCCCGUCCGCGCCGUGCCCCUGCCGCGCGGCCGCUUCCAGUGGGCGCCCGUCGCCCCGCUCAGCCCCUGCGCCGCCGCCCACGGCACGGCGGAGGGCGUCGCCCCCGCAUCCCCCGCCGAGGCUCCGCGCGAGGACCUGCGCACCUGCCUCGCCGUGCCGACGUCUGACCUCGCUCGACCUCAGCAGGCGGGCGGGCGUGAGGCUCGCGUGUCUGCGGGCGGCAAGGGCGCGGCUGCUGACUCCUCCAGCGGCAGUAGGAGCUCCGUCGACCACGAGUGCUCUCCCAGGACGUGCGGCUGUGGCGUGGAGGCGGCAGCGAAGGGCGGCGCGAGGGGCGAGGAGGCGCAGCAGGAGGCGCUCGAGGCCAGACGGAGGCCCUCGGCGGAUGUGGACAGCGGCAUCGAGAGCGACGAGUCCAUCCACCUGUCCUCGCCGUCGCCGCCGUCGCCUUCGUCGUCACCCAAGCAGGACAGUCAGCCGCGACUUCGUCAGACGUGUAUCACAGAGUUUGUACGUCCAAAGAAAAGGUUGACCUUCUCCUCGAAAGACCAGCAAGCGGCCCACACGACCCAGAGCAAGAAGAGGUCCGCCUCGAGCCUCCAGGACCACCUUCAGCCUCCCCACAAGAAAGUCCUCCUCCAACUCAGAGCGUGAUGAAGAAAGAGCCCGACGAAGAAGGAAGAAGAAGAAGAGGGAAAGGAGGACUUCGUGAGGUCUCCUUCACGCUUUCAUGACAUCCUUCAGGUUCCCUUGAAGUCUGCUUCAGGUCCUCGCGAGGUCUCCUUCAGGUGUUCUUGUGUCUGGCGGUUUUCAGGAAGCUACGAAGAGCGGAUUUCAGUCUCCGAGGCGACGGACAGAUGACCAGAAUGAACCGGACUGAAGCGAAUGCCGAAGGAGCGCGCUCGACGUCCCUCAGAUUGCCCGAGCGACGAAGACACGCGCAGAGGAGUCGCUGAAGUGAGAAGACGUGCGAACUGACAUGAAGGUGCUGCUUCGGGCCACUCGGAGUCUUUGCCUGUCUCCUCCCGCGAAAAAGGUGGAUUGAAACCUGAAGUGAAAGGAUUGGCGAGAUGAAUUCCCGAGCGACAGGGUUUGUUCACGUGACGGACCGUGAUAUCAGGAGGAACUGUUUUCGCUGUGGAAGGAAGGAAGGAAGUCUGACGUGCUUCUUUUAGGAGUAUAAGUGGAACUCAGCUUUACCUAUUUAUCGUUGAAACCCAUUUUAUUAUUAUUAUUAUUAUAUUAAUAUAAUUAUUAAUUAUUAUUUUCGUUGCUACAUAAUCCGUGUAUUGUCGUAAGAUGAAAAAGUAUAAUGACCAUGUGCUGGUAAUUAUCACUAGUCAUAUAUCAGCUGACAUCCAAAUGUUAUUUAAUA